ACCAUGCAGCUGCUGACACUCACUGCAGGGCUGGGGCUGCUCUCCUUGGUUGGAGCCAUGAUGCCUAAUUUAACUCCUGCCCAUACUGAGCAGCUCUUAGGCAAGUGGCACAUAAAGCGCUGGGCAGGAGACAUGCCUAUCCCUGAAUGGAGAUGGAAGGACCCACUGCCUCCCUUCACCUUCGAAAGAAACGGUCUUGACGAGCUGGAGUUCAGGAUGAACCUGACGAAACCCAUCGGCUGUAUUCAGUACAAGCUGCCUCUGUAUGAGGGGGAGGACCCUGGCACAUUCCUCACGUGGUGGAGGCAUGUCAUCUACAUCCACUUCCUGCCCGGGAAGAGCUUCGCCAUUGCCUACUUCAGGGGCAAAAUGAACUAUCAGUACUACCAGAUGAUGAUGCUCAUGGGCCGCACCCUGAAAGCUGACCCAGAUGCUCCGAGGAUCUUCAAGGAGUUUGUGAUGAGUAAAAUGCCCCAAACUGGAAAGAUCAUUAUCCCUCCCCAUGUUGAAGCCUGUGAGUUGGUCCAAGAUUCCUAGUGCACUGAGGGAGUGCUGCAGAGUGCAUGCAGGAAGCAGGAGCUGGGACCCUGGCUGACCUCUGCACCUACAUGCAGAACUCUCAGUGUCCAAGAGCACAGGCCCAACACCUACUCGUCCCCCAUAAGUCUGCAUUCAAUAAAUUUGGUCGAUAUCCCUCAA